AUGCCGACGCUAAACCAAGUCCGGUACUCGGAGGAGGCCACGGUCGCCGCUAUAACCGAUUUCUUCGCCUUCCUAACCAAGAUGCUUCGUAUAAGCACCGAGGGCCCGGCUAUUAUGGAGUACGUCCCUAAUAGCGUCGUCGGGCUGAUAAAUAGCGAGCACGAUAUCUUCCUGCUUGAUACUGAGCUCGGCGUCGUCUACUGGCCUCUCUAUCCCCACCAGCUCCGCGAUAAGCCCCGGUAUAUCCAGGAUAACCCGUACGACUACUACUAUAACCAGGACGAGGCCGAUUAGCGUACCGACGGCGCCGCCUGGUCCGUCGCCGACUUCUUCAAGGUGCUCAAGGCCCAGUACCGCUCGUUACGCUGGGUGCCAUGGAACGAAUACGAGGUCUUGGAGUCGGAGAGUAGGAGGCACAAGGAUCCUGUCCCGGCACUUCAGGAAGUUUACCGGAGCCACGGCUGGCCUGAUUCGCAACACUAUCGCAAGGAGGAGUGUC